AUGUCCGCAAACAGUGAUUGGGGAAGUGAUUUGUUUGCUCAACUCUACUGUCCAUACAGUCAUCAUUUGGACCCCAAAUACAGCCCUAUUUAUGGUGGAAGCGAUAUAUCACACGAUUGCAAUGGAGAUAUGAAUAAUUAUCCAGACUCUGUCAAAUUUGUGGGCUAUACUCAACCUUUUGUUUUCUUCUACUUGUUCUUAAACCCUGACGAAGAUCUCAGUGUAGAUCGAAAACGUUGGGCUGAUCUUCGUAAAUAUUGGGUCGAUACUACUGAUGAGCGACUUAAGGGCUAUGCAAUCAUCGGUGUAUUUGUGACCAAAUUGGGCCCUUAUCUCAUGAGAAAUCGUAAACCAUUUGUUUUGCGAGAAGUGAUGAUCGCAUAUAACUUAGUAUUAGUCGUAUUGAACGCAUACUUCAUAUACGCUUCACUCAAAUGGUUAGAGUUUGGCCGCAAGUCAUGGAACCCAAGACUACCCCCGAGUAACCAAUGGUCUGAUAAAGCCAUCGCAGAGUUACCCGAAAAUUCCGGUGUUGACUUAUGUGACGGCUAAACAGUGUCCGCAAAC